CGGCAGUUCGGCCACGUCCCUGGCCACGUCGCGCCCGCUCCCGCCAUCUUUCGCCGCUUCCUCUCUCAGGGGCUGUCGCCGCGUCCUGAGUCGCUGCCGAGCCCCGGGGCCGCCGUGCCGCGCCGACCGCCGCCGCCAUGAACAUCUUCCGGCUGACUGGGGACCUGUCCCACCUGGCGGCCAUCGUCAUCCUACUUCUGAAGAUCUGGAAGACGCGCUCCUGUGCGGGCAUUUCUGGGAAAAGCCAGCUUCUGUUUGCACUGGUCUUCACAACUCGUUACCUGGAUCUUUUUACUUCAUUCAUUUCGUUAUAUAAUACGUCUAUGAAGCUUAUCUACAUUGCCUGCUCCUAUGCCACCGUGUACCUGAUCUACAUGAAAUUUAAGGCCACCUAUGAUGGAAAUCAUGAUACCUUCCGAGUGGAGUUUCUGGUGGUUCCUGUGGGAGGCCUCUCAUUUCUAGUCAAUCAUGACUUCUCUCCUCUUGAGAUCUUAUGGACCUUUUCCAUCUACCUGGAGUCCGUGGCCAUCCUUCCACAGCUCUUUAUGAUCAGCAAGACUGGCGAGGCUGAGACCAUCACCACCCACUACCUCUUCUUUCUGGGCCUCUACCGGGCUCUGUACCUCGUCAACUGGAUCUGGCGUUUCUACUUUGAGGGGUUCUUUGAUCUCAUUGCUGUGGUGGCCGGUGUCGUCCAGACCAUUCUCUAUUGCGACUUCUUCUAUCUGUACAUUACAAAAGUACUCAAGGGAAAGAAGCUCAGCCUGCCAGCGUAAGUGCCAAAGACCAUCAGCAGCGUCUGCCCUUCAGGGUGCUCGGACAGGGUCUCACACAGCGAAGGCGCAGGAUGCUCAGUGUGGAGAAGCAGAGCCGGCUUCUUCUGCGGCAGCCGCUCACUGGUGUCUCUGCGAGGGUGCAGAGGGAAGAGACCAGGAGGCUCUGUCUACUGCAUCCUGCCUUAUCUUUUUUAUUACUAUGUACAAAGAUUUUUUUACACAAAGAAACUUAACGCUGUUAAUAAAUUCAGUGUGUAGAUGAAUUGGGGCAGUUCCAAAAGUGACAAUUUUGUGCAGAAUAAGUACAGACCUUUUUUAUUUUUUGAAAAUUUGUUGAGAUGAUCGAUUCUUUGUGUCUACAGUGAAAUUAUACUCCUUGACACGUGGUAGAUUAUCCAAACAUCUGUCAAAUUUCCAUGCUAUUUAUUUUCUUUUUCUUUUUUUUUUUUUUCCAAAAGAUGAGUUGUGUUUGUUUGAAAUCUGAGACACUCUGUUCCAUUUGAUGUUUCUGUCUAAAUCAGUCUUCAUUGCCCUGAAGAUUGUCCCUAGAUGUCACAACACUACACUUAAGGUCCAGGAGGAUGACUCAUAAGUCCUACAGUUUCCUUACCAAAACUUCAAGGUUCCCAGUGGAAACAGUUCAACUGAUGCUCACCAAAUGCUCACCCUUCUCCCUGCUGAGGCGUGGCCCACAAUACCCAGAGGCUCUGAGCCUCUGCCUUCUGAGUGUGGAAAGGGGUGGGGAGUUUUGGACAGAGGACUCUGCUUCUCUGAAGAAUGGAACAUAAAUGGCUACCUGUCACUUCAGUCACAAAUCCGAAGGAUCACUACAACCAUGUCAGCUUCAAAUGUUUUUUCAUAGCGCUUUUGGUGAUAAAAUGAUUGACAAUCUUUUUAAUUGGCAGCACCAAUUAUCAUUCCUUACAUUCUUUUUAGGUUUUCUUUUUAACUGGGCUCUUGCAUGACCUAUAUUGUGUUAACAUCCUAAAUAAACAUUUUUUUUUUUAAACAGAAUGAAUGGUCUUUUCUAUGAAUUAGGCUUUGAAGAUAAUUUUAAGAACACUAGGGUUUUCACAUUUUAACUUUUUAUAUGAUACACUGUAGAUAUUAGGAGUGUUGAAUUCUUGUGUUAAGAUGCAGCAAAAGCUCCUUAGGGUUGCACACACUUAAGAGGCUGGAGAGGUGACUCCCUGCUUAGGCACUUGCUGUCCUUGCAGAGUUCAGUUCCCAGGACCCACAUAGUGGCUCACAACUGCCUAUUGCUCCAGUUCCAGGGGAUCCAGCAGCCUUUUCUGGCCUUCCCGGGCACAUGCAUGCACGUGUGCAUCCUCACACAAAUAAAUGACAGUCUGGACAACUAUGGGGAUACUGGGUUCUUCAUACUGAUUGUGACUUCUUCUAUGACGCACCAUAACUAUUAGGAGUAUUGAAUACUUGUAAUGUGCAGACUACAAGAACAAAAUAUUUUUGCUUCCUGCAAUUAAAGUGGUUUGUGGAGGAAGAGA